CAGCAGGAACCGAUGAAAAGGCUGCAACCUAGAAUGCAAGUUCAGCACUCAUAAAGGGUCUCCUUCUCUCUGUGGCCAUGACUGAACUCUUUAACAAAGCAGCAGAAGAGGUGAAGGUGCUGAAAACACGGCCUAACCGUGACGAAGUGCAUGCACUUUAUGGUUUAUAUAAGCAGGCCACAAUUGGGGACCUUGAUUCUGAUCGUCCAGGGCGAUUUGACAUCCUAGGAAGACUAAAAUGGGAUGCAUGGAAUGAAAAGAAAGGUCUGUCCAAAGAAGAGGCAAUGGCUGCCUAUGUUGAUUUGGUGGAGAAGCUGAAAACAAAAUACGGAAUCUAACAUCUGUCUCUCAAAUGAUUAUUAUUAUCUUGAUAUUGUGAUGCUCCCAAAGAAAAAGGAAAAAAAUGCAAUACCAAAUCUUUUAUUUGUAUAGUGAAGUUGGAGCUGGAUCCUGCAGUCAGUUGUAAUGAAUCCCUCAGUUUUUAACCUGUUAAUAUUAAAGGGAACAUAAAUUAGCAAAUUUUAAUCAAAAGACCUUGUAUUUUGUGAGCCUCCUUUACUUCCACUU